AACCCCUAAACUCAUGUACAUAUGAAUGUAAAGAAUAACCGAGUCGAUUAAGAAAGAAAAUAGCUCUUGAAGUCCUCCUCAAACUGCUCAAUCGAAAAUAUCGAAUCGAGAAUGAUUUCGCAACGACCUAACCUCGAAACGCAUUUACUCAUGCGCGCCAUUACAGAUGAUGGCGCUGCAUCAAGGAUUCUGCACCCCUUCCGCUCGACUUGAAACUCAAAAAUACUCUUGGUUUCAUUUUUUUCCAUCAGUUGGUCGUUGUUCGAUACAAGUAUUAUCCGUCGUUCCGCAACUUAUACAAUGAAUAUUAAAAAAUCUCCUCCCAUAAUUAUCUCCGAGACGCGUAUCGCCGUCGUAUAGCCCGCUUUGUAUAUUGAACGACAUGGUUGCUGGAAGCCUGGUAAUGGCGGCGCUCGCUGUACGGGGUCCAUGAGCGCGUAAAUAUCAGCACGAAUGAGCGGCAACGAGCAAAGACCGGCUCUCUGCUCCGCUCAUCUCGGAUCAGAAGUGAAAGAAGGAUAGAAAAGGAAACUAGUGACAAAGAACGAAAAAGAGGAGAGUCGAAGGGGUAGGUGGGGGGGCUAACAAAUAGAAAAAGAGAGAAAUCGAGGGGCCGUCAUAAUUCCUUGAAUUGAACGGCGGGUUAUUCUCCACCAAGGUUACCGACAUAGAGGAUGAACGAAGCGGGCAGGCCAAGCAAGCAAGCAAGCAGGCUAGCAACCUAGCAGGCAGACUAGCAUGCAAGCAAGUGGAUAUAUAGGCGCGAGAACACAACAUGCUUUCGACAAUCGUCGACGAGAUACGUCGGUCCACGCAGUGACGUCAGAAGGUGGUCCAAUCCUGUCGGAUACGUCCAUGGCCCGAUCUCACCCUAUAUUGCAGGAGCGACAGAGAGGAAGCGGCGAAGAAGGACAACGCUCAUACACGUAACGCGAUGAAGACGAGGAUAGAAAUAGGUGUACGUAUAUAGAUAUCAGCGGAAUGGAAAGAGACAGAGAAGGAGAGUCGCAGAGGGACGCAAGAGCCAGCAAAUGAGAGCGCAGUCCGACAAAUAGAAGGAGAAGACAGUUCGAGUUCCGCUCUCCUGCUCUUACGAGACGUCGUGCACGCCGAUUCGAGCCUUGCGAUAUUGUUGCCAGAACUGUUCGCUACGAUGAUCAGAAUUUUCCCGACGGUGUGACUAUUGGGAUAAAUCUCGAUUUUACGUCUUGUCUGGCACGUGCGUUCAUGUACGAUGACCCCCAUUAGUACGUGGACAACGUGAUAGUUCAAAUAAUUACUGCUCCAUAUCGGUUCUAUGACAUGAUACGACUUUUAUUUUGAAAUGGCAGAUUUCAGGGUCUUUCAAGAUGCGAGUGUUGGGAUCCGUCUGUGGAGGAUCAAAAUAUUUAGUGUUUUGGUAUCUACAGACGACUUUAAUUCAGAAUAUGUACUCUGAAAGGAUAUUCUGGCUUUUCAUUUGGGAUUCUGGAGAUUUGGACCUUUGGAGUUUAGGGACUUUGUUUGAGACUUUAGGACCUUGGGACUUGAGAUUUUAGGACCUUGAGAUUUUGAAAGUUUGUGGACCUUUGGAGAUGCAGAUAACUUGAGAAUUUUAGGACUUUAGUGGGGAUUUUAGUUUUUUGGAACUUUGAGGCUCUGGGACUUUGAACUUGUCAAAUUUGAGACUUUGCUCUGGAAUUUUGAAACUAUGGAAUUUUAGAACUCUAGAAUUUUUCAGUCAGUUUGAAACUUUACAACUUUAGAAUUGUGAAGUUUAUAGAUUUCAAGAUUU